AUGCGCGGCGCCCGAAGCCCGAGGCGGCUGCGCGCGGACGCGGGGACGGCGGGCGAGCGGGUCCCCGCACUGCAGCGGCGCCGCCCUCCGCCCGCCCCCGCGCCGCGCCGACCCGCCCCCGGCUCCCGGCCGGCCCCCUCCCCCCCCCGCCCGCCCCCCACCUCGUCUACUUCCGGCACCGCGGCGUGCCUCCCUCUGCCCGACCACAGACCUCUCCGCGCGCGUGUCCCCUCGCCCCUGACUUACCUCUGCACCCCCCUCCCCCCUCCCCGCCUUGGCCAAGCCCGGGCGGGCCUCGAGUUGCACAAACCCACGGCCGGCCAGGACCACCGCCCUCCGCCGCCCGCCGCCCACGCCUCCUCACCCCUCUCCCCUGCACCCUGGUUGGCUGCAGCUGAGGCGGCAUCGGGGUCACGGCCGGGCCCCCCACUGCUCACACCUGGCGUGUUCCAUCUACACAGCCUGCAGCGUACUGGUUCCAGCAAGUGCACCCAUUCUCGGGGUCGAGGGCCCCAAGUCAGGGCCGGAAGAGGGGGCCAGAUGGGCCCAGACGUAGAGCACAUCCCAGCAAGGCCGGCCUCACCCGGUGCGCUCCCCCAGGAGGGCUGACGCUGGCCCCACUUUCUCUUGCCUACGUGAAG